AACUGAAUAAUCUCAGCUCGGUAGUACGGUCAAGGCGUUCAGUGUACCCGUACCUACUGUGCUGUAACAGUAUCAAAAUAAUAUUAAAGUAGCAUAUUGGUACAAACACGGAUGUUGUUUUGAGAACGUGUUUCUUUACAUAAACAAAGAAAAUAUGGAAGAGUGUGUAACUAAAACUUUGUGUGCAAUAUUAUUAGUCUUGCAAAUUACUUCAGGUUUAGAAUAUAAUAAACAGCAAAGGCCUAAUGCGAAUAUUGACUUUUUACUGCACGAAGGAGGUGUUCAAACGAAUGGAAAUAAACGAGAUUAUGUAGGAACACAGUCAUAUGGUAGUCAGACGCAAACAUCCAGUAGCCAAAAUGGAGGCAGUCCUAAUUACGCAUCGCAAUUUCCAGCGCUGGGCCCUCCACCGUCACAAUCACAGGGAACUGGGGUGACGAACAUACAUACUGGGCGAGAAGGCAAUAGCCAAUCAUCUAACGGAAAAAGGGACUAUGUUGCACCUAGUUUCCCAACAGUUAAGCCAACACAGCAAAAUAACCAAAACACAGGUGGAAAUAGCCACAUGCAAAUUUCUUCAAAUAGUCAAAAUGGUGGUGGAUCUAAUUUUGCCUCACAGUUCCCUUCACUCCGUCCUCCAUCUUCGCCACAAUCGCCUUCAACACAAACGCAAUCAUCUUCUGGUAAAAGGGACUAUGUGGCACCUCAAUUUCCAACCCUGAAGCCCACGCAACCAAAUAACCAGCCCACUGGGGGAAAAGUCAAAGAUCUAAUAAAUUUCUAUAAUAAUAAAAAUCCAAAUCAAGGAACAUUUAGUUACAGUUCAGCCGUACAAGGUAAUAAAAAUGGACCAACGUCUACUGCGACCUUGCCACCAACAAGAUUCACACAGCCGUUGACUCAGUCGACGAUGUUAACAGGUUCGGUUUACACACCAAAGCCAAUGAGCUUCAGCUCAGUUGUGGCAGGCAACAGACCUAAUUCUCCCACAUUUACGACAUCUAAACCACCAACGAGAAUGCCUGGUUCUCCUACUACUCGUCCAGGGACCCCUGUUUUGCCGAGUUCUAUAGUAAAUAAUAAUAAUAGAGGAUCAGGAACAAACACAAACACUGUAACUGAUGCUGAAUUAGAAGCGCUAAGUGAAGAGUUGUUAAGGAAAGACACUAACAAUGCCGCUAAAUAUAUAACCGUUAACUACCAAGCAAAAACUACUUCGCAUACAACAGAAGACAAGGCACCUUUACCAUUAAUCACCAUAUCUCCUGAAGUGUGGGACCUUCCGACAAUUCAAAAAUUUGUUCCAUUGUUGGACAAUUACGAAAGGGACACAUUGGUCAAUGAAUACGUAACACCUCAGGAAAGAAACGAAGAAAACGCUUUUAUGGAUGCUGUGAUGUCUACAACUGUUAUGCGACAUUUAAUGACGUUCCUCAAAAAUAAAGGUUACGUGACUCCAGACCCGAGGCAACAAAGAGACUUCCUUAAGCAGCUGUGGUUUAGUUUAUAUUCAAGAGGAAAAGGAAAAAUAAGCAGCUCGGGCUUCGAACAUAUCUUUGUAUCUGAACUCAAAAAUGGAGAUGUUUUAGGUUUACAUAAUUGGAUUUAUUUUGCAAAAGAAGAAGCAGCCAAUAGAGCUAAUUACCUGGGAUAUUUGAAAUACUCAGAACUAAAUGAUAAAGGGACCGUCAUGAAGUUCCAUUUUAACCAACAAGGUGUCGACAAGCCUGUAAGCACUAUCUUCAUUGGUACUUCGCCAGAGCUGGAGAUGGCACUUUACACCCUCUGCUUUGUAACACGCGCUGACAACGACUGCAAACUUAAGUUGGGAACCAGAGACGUUAACAUUAUCACACAUACUUUCCGUUACCGCAGUAAAAAUUUAAUAGGAAGCGCUUUCCCACAAAUAUAGAACAUCUUUAACAAUUAUGAUGUUCUAGUUUAAAAAGAUUGCAUUUUGUUGUAACUCCUCGCAAGAUUUUUGUGUGAUUUUCAGGAAGGCUUGCAAAAUACUCUAUUACCUCACAAAAUUUUGUUUCUUUAGACAUUACUUAAACAUAUUUUUUUAUUAGAUAAAUAAAAUAAGUUUAUUUAAA